AUGGCGCAAGGACUGAUUGAUCAUGGAGUGGAGGUGACCUUCCCUCACACAGCCUAUCCAUGCCAGCUCACCUACAUGACUAAGGUCAUCCAGGCCCUGCAAGCGGGGGAGAAUGCGCUGCUGGAGAGCCCCACGGGCACGGGCAAGACGCUGUGCCUGCUCUGUGCGACCUUGGCCUGGCGGGCCCACUUUGUCAAGGAGGAGGCGUGGGCGGAGCACAAGCUUGAGCAGGCGGAGAGUGGAAAGGGCGAGCUGCCCACUGUCGUGUACGCCUCCCGCACCCACUCGCAGCUGGCGCAGGUCAUGCGUGAGCUGCGCACCUCUGGCUACAGGGUGCGCUCCGCCGUUCUUUCCUCGCGCGCCCACACGUGCCUGCACCCGGUGGUCUCCACGCUGCACGGUCAGGCGGCGAACCGCGCCUGCCGCUCCCUCAUCAGCCGCCGCGGCUGCAAGUGGCAGCACGACGUGGAGCGCUUUGCCAAGGGCAACCCGGACGCCAGCCUGGAGGUGCUGGACAUCGAGGACCUAGUGCGACUGGGCACCCAGCGCCAGCUCUGCCCCUUCCUCCUCAGCAAGGAGUAUGCGACUACGGCCGACAUUCUUUUCGUGCCGUACAACUACCUCAUCGACCCCCAGCGCCGCAAGAGCCUCAACAUCUCCUGGAAGAACGCCGUGCUCAUUUUCGAUGAAGCCCACAACGUGGAGAGCGUGUGUUCCGACGCGGCCUCCUUCGACCUCACCGCCGGCGUCCUGGCGGGGUCCAUCGAGGAACUUGGGACCGCGGCAGAGCUGGCCGUCACCAAGGGUGAUGGCGGGAGCAACAUCUACAACGAGCACGGCAAGCAAGAAAAGGGGACAAACUACCUCCAGCUGGCCACCGAGCUGCGGCAAGCGCAGGCAAGGGGGCGGCGGUGGUUUGUCCCUAUAAUCCUGAAGAAGCUGGAGCAGAGCAUCGCCGCCACGGCCGUGCCCUCCUCCACCGGGUUCACCGCCCCUGGGGCGUUCCUAUUCGAGCUGUUUGGCAGGGUGAACCUGACGCUGGAGACCUGGCCCGUCCUGGCUGCCUGCCUGGAGGCCGGCGUGGACCUGCUGGCGGGCGACGCGGCCGAGAGCGGGCGCAGGAGCGGGGCGCGGUCUACAUCCUACCGCCUGCACAAUCUGCAGGAGGCGUUGUCCCUGGCGUUCGAGGCGGCCGCGCCCGCCGCGCCAGGCCAGCCGCCUGCCCACCUCGGGUACCGAGUCUACAUCCACCGCGAGGAGGCCAAGGUCAAGGCCAUCAUGCUAACGUCUGGGACCCUGUCCCCCCUGGCAUCAUUUGCAGCAGAGUUGUCCAUUGUCUUUCCCCACCGCCUGGAGAACCCGCACGUCAUCGACCCGUCCCAGGCGAGCCGUGCCAGUUGCAGCUGGGCGCUGAACUGUGUGGAGGGCUGGAAGCUACCCAGCUCGGGCGGGACCACCAUCUGGGAGAGGAUCUGCCGGCACAAGGCGCCGGUGGUGGAGCCUCGCGACUCUGCCCAGUUUGUGCUGGCGGUCCAGGAUUUCCAGGCCAAACUGGAUGGCCCAGGGACAGGCGGGGCUGUCCUCUUUGCCGUCUGCCGGGGCAAGGCCAGCGAGGGAAUCGAUUUCUCGGAUCGCGCGGGACGGGCCGUCAUCAUCACCGGCAUCCCAUACGCCAACAAGGCAGAUGCCAAGGUCCGCCUCAAGCAAGAGGUGCUGAACGAGAGCCUGCGCGGUCGGGUGGGCGCGGCCAAGCGCCCCAUCGGCAUGCCGGGAGAAGCCUUUCGGGGCCCUGGGCGGCCUGAAGCGCUGUCCGGGGAUCAGUGGUACGUUCAGCAGGCGGUGCGGGCGGUCAACCAGGCCAUGGGACGAGUCAUUCGACACAAGGAUGACUACGGCGCCGUCAUCCUCUGCGACGAGAGAUUCAAGACGCCGAACAUGCGAAAUCAGCUGUCCAAGUGGCUGAGGGAGCAGACAGUGGUCUUCCCCGACUACGGCAAGGCAGCGGGGUCUCUGACGACGUUCUUCCGUGCCAACGCCGGCCGCGCGAGAGAGCCUGCUGCCCAGGCAAGCGUGGAAAUGGGAGCGAGCACCGCGCGCCCCACCGCGGCUCGAGUGGAAAGCGGGGCGCCCGACGAGGCAGAACCUUCCCAGGCGGGUGACACAGGCGCUGUGGUCGGCACAACGGGGCUUUCUGAUGGCAGGAGUGGCGCAGAUGGGUCGAUCAGCCAGCAACCACACUCCGCCGCCCAGCCGUCGGGACCAGGGCCCCCUCCAGAUCCCACCAGGCCGGCGCCCCACGGGACCUCCGCCACGCUCCCCUCCCGGGAACUGACAGUCAAGGAGUACAUGGCCCAGCUCAAGGCCGGCCUUGCCCCCGAGCUCUUCCGGCGCAUCAACGCCGCGCUGCAGGCCUACCAGGCCAGCCGGGACAGGGAGGCCCUGGUGGCCAGCGUGAUCGCUACGCUCGACCGGCCCGAGCAAUUCGCCCUGCUGGCGGGAUUCUCCCUCUUCCUACCCAAGGCCGAGCGGGCCGGCUUUAGGAACCGCAUCGGGCCGGCCCCCAGCGCAGACUCGGCCUGGGCGGUGCCGGGCGAUGGAGAACGCCUUCCCCUGCAUGACGGGCCGCCUCGGGUGGCCCUGGCCAACGCGACCAACGCGGCCAGACCGGGACUGGGAAGUGGCACUGCCGCCGGGUGUAAGGUCCCCAUGAGCUCGGCCUACGAGGCCUCCUGCGGCUACCUGGCCUGCUAUGCCUGCUGGCUAGGGGCCCUGGCCAAGUUCAAGUGCCCCACGUGCGGCAAGGGGGUGCGCAAGUCGCACCUGCUCCCGAAACACUUUGUCUGA